ACAAAAUAGGUUGCUGUGGGCGACCAUUUUUCUCACAUAGCAUGAAGUGCGUUUUUUCCUCUUUAAUGUUAUACCCUCACUGGUUGUUCUUUCCCUUUUGGAUUAUGAGUAAGGAGCAGUUGGAUUUACAGACGGACCCCUUGGAUGCAGUGGUUAUGCUCAUGCCCAGACACGUAGACGAUGACUUCAUACUCAUUUUUCAACGCACGUCCGGCGGCUGUCGUGUCUGAGACCGAAUGGAUGGAUGCACCUAUCGCCGAGAUAACGAGUCUGCCGCUGUCCUUAAAUGUUCUUGCUAUUUUUACUGAGAUUUCUGCAGAUGCAUGAGGAAGCGUGUCUUUGCCAGCAUGCUGCGGUGCUCUGCUGAGUUGCUGCUGCUGAGGACAUUUUUUUUAUAUUUCUUCUUAGCAGCGGUGUCUACAUUUACUGCCGUACUGCUUUAAACGCAAGAAGAGCUGUGAUCAUGAUGAUGAUGACGGUCCCACGGUCGAUUACAGGAAUAAUGAAGGACUCAGACACGGAGAUCACCAUGUUCUCCUUCCAUGUAGAGGAAUACUGCUGAACCUGAUGACAGUGGAAUCCAUGUAAGCAGCCAACAAUACAAUGAACAACACUCUUUCUCCAUCACACCUGGUGGAUGUGCCAAGACAGCAGAGCUUCAAUGGCACCGGAGGUAUACAGACGUCUUCAGGUUGGGCCGUGAUCCACACGGCCACCUUGACCUUUUGCUCCCUCCUCCUCAUCUUCAUCUUCUUCCUGGGCUCCUACGGCAACCUGGUGGUGUUCCUGUCUUUUUUCGACCCGGCCUUUCGCAAGUUCCGCACCAACUUUGACUUUAUGAUCCUCAACCUGUCCUUUUGCGACCUGUUCAUUUGCUGCGUGACGGCUCCCAUGUUUGCGCUGGUGCUCUUUCUGGAUGCAGGCGGAGGCGACGGUGUGUCAAAGAGUUUCUGCUUCGCCUUCCACCUGACCAGUUCAGGCUUCAUCAUCAUGUCCUUGGAGACAGUGGCAGUGAUUGCCCUGCACAGGCUUCGCAUGGUUUUAGGGCAGCAGCCCAACCGCACCGCCUCGUUCUUCUGCACGCUGGCCCUCACCGCCCUUCUGUGGACAUCCAGCUUCACCAUGGCUGCUCUCCUUACCAUGCGAGCAUACCCACGCAGAGAUGGCCCCUGCUUGCCACACUUUGGGCUGGGAAGUGGACAAGCCAGGGUUGUGCUGUACGUUUACCUGGCAGACUUUGCAUUUUGCGUUGCUGUGGUGUCUGUGUCCUAUCUCAUGAUUGCUAGGACUCUAAGAAAAAAUGCACAAGUAAGGAAAUGUCCUAUUAUCAGCGUAGAUGCCACAUGCCCACCACAGCCUGCACCUUUGAUUGUAGCAGGCUUUGAGAGCAUGCAGUGUGCUGUUCAGGGCCCUCCUUUGUACCGCAACCAGACUUACAACAAACUACAGAAUGUACAGACACACGCUUAUGCAAACAGAAUUAGCCAGCCUAUAGUCCCAGGAGCUGCCCAAGGAGCCACCUGUUGUCAGAUGGUCUCCUCAGUCAACUUAGCCACAGCCAAAGACUCAAAGGCAGUCGUCACAUGUGUGGUUAUUGUGUUCUCUGUCCUGCUUUGCUGCUUGCCAAUGGGAGUUUCACUGGCGCAGGAUGUUUUGUCACCAAAAAGCAACUUUACACAUUACCAGUUUGAACUGUGUGGCUUUGUACUCAUUUUUCUCAAAUCUGGCAUCAACCCAUUUGUGUACUCGCGCAACAGUGCAGGCCUUCGCCGCCGUGUGCUCUGUUGUAUUCAGUGGGCCGCACUGAGCCUUCUCUGUUGCAAGCAAAAGACUCGUCUCCAUGCAAUGGGGAAGGGCAGCCUGGAAGUCAAUCGCAAUAAAUCUUCCCAUCAUGAAACCAACUCAGCAUACGUACUUUCGCCGAAGCCGCCCAGGAGGCUGGUGGACCAGGCCUGUGGGCCCAGUUGCUCUAGGGAAUGUGACAGUAGCCCAAAGGGCACGGGGAUGCGGAAACCUCGCCUCCCAAGCACUUCUACGCCAAUGAACACCCGCAUUGAACCGUACUACAGCAUAUACAACAGCAGUCCCUCAGCAGGGCCCAGUUCCCCCACCAGCCUGCAGCCUGUUGGCUCUCAGACAUUUGCUUUUGUCAAGUCUUAUGUAGCCAUGCACUACCACACUCACCAAGAUGCACUGCAAGACUUUGACAGCACCUCAGCACACCAGAUUCCCAUUCCUUCAGUUUGACACUGAAAUGUUUGGGCUACUUACUGUGACAUUAAAACCAAUUUGAAUCAAAAGACAACAUGGCUCAUUUAAUGCCUUAGAAUCAGUACAUUUAUUCUCUUCUGCAGUUUGUCAAAAUUAAAAGGUUUGUCAGUGAUAAUAUUAAGAAGAAACCACUUUAUUACAAAGUGUCUGAUCCAUUUUUUGGGUUGCUCUCACAGAUGCUGUUUCUCAGAAGUGUUGUGCACUUAUGUGCCACUGUAACCCACAAUUCUAAAGGUUUUAUUUUAAGCAUAGCCAAAGGCAGCAGCUAGUUGGAGUGCUGCAACAUCAGGCUACCAGCAUACCUUGCACAAGCCCACACAACUGUCAGUGGCAUGUUUUUGCACCUUGAUGGACUGUUCGUUUAAAAAAAAAAGUGUAUUUGUGAUCCUCAUAGAAUUUUUAAAACAAUAAAUGGUUAGCAAUC